UUCACUUUUGUGUGUGAGCGUGUGUGCGGUGUCUGUGGUGCGUUGUUUUGACACGGCCUUCCUCUGUUGUCGGGGCAGGAGUGCAACACACGGAACCAGAUGACAGUAGGAUGCGUUCUGAACUGCUGUUUUUUAUUAUAGCACUUUAUGCAACAACAGCUGAUUGCGCAAGAAGACUUAAUAGGUUUGUACGACACUAUGAGCCUUUGAUAUACAAUCACAAUGAUGUCCAUGAACGACACAUGCGGAUCAAAAGGUCUCCUCAAGACUAUGACACAGCACUCCACCUCAAGUUUUACGCACAUAACAGACAUUUUCAUUUAAGGCUAAAACGUGACACAUCAGUAUUCAGCAAUGACCUUGUGAUAGAAGCACACGACAGGAGACCGCUGGACGUAGACCUGUCACACAUUUACUCAGGGCAUUUAGUAGGGGAGCCAACGAGUCAUGUAUUUGGGGCUCUACACGAUGGUGUUUUUGAGGGACGCAUCGAGACAACAAAGGGCCACUACUACGCAGAGCGGGCCAACAAAUACUUUGCUGAAGACCGACCAUACCACUCCAUCAUGUAUUCUGCCAAUGAUGUUGAGCUUCCAGACCACGAAAACGACACUACUCAGCCUGGCUGUGGCAUCACGGAGGAUGUGCGGCAGUGGAUGGACAGGGUUGCCAACAGCGCUGUGCCAGACACGGCUGAGAGUGGCUGGAGCAAGCCAAGGCGUGCUGUGCGCUCUCCAAGUGAGGAGCGGCAUCACCAUUUUUCGGAGGCACCGCAGGCCAAGUAUUUGCGGUCGGCAGGCAGCCUGCAUCUGGGCACAGGAGGGACCAGCUAUCUGCCCAAGAGACGCGUCUGCAACCUGUUUGUGCAGACGGACACCUUCCUCUGGGACCACAUCACAAGCACGGGCAGGGACCCUGUCAAGGCACGCGAGGAGAUCUCAUCUCUCAUAGCCCAGCAUGUCGAGGCUGCCAGCCGCAUCUACCGAAGCACAAAUUUCAAUGGCAUUCGGGAUAUCAAGUUCGCUGUGCAGAGGAUACGGAUCAAUGACAGCUCAGCCUGUUACGAUGAAAGGCAUCGUCGGUCGAAUGCGUUCUGUGCGGGCAACCUGGACGCAUCUAACUUCUUGAACCUCAACUCCCUGUCCAACCACGACGACUUCUGCCUGGCCUAUGUGUGGACUUUCCGGGAUUUCCAGCAUGGCACCUUGGGUCUGGCCUGGGUGGCAUCGGUUAAUGGUGCAUCUGGUGGAAUCUGUGAGAAGUACAAGACAUACUCUGAGAACAUCAAUGGAAAGUCAGAGAAUGUCAAGCGCAGUCUCAACACGGGCAUCAUAACAUUCCUCAAUCACAAUGCCAAGAUCCCGCUCAAGGUGUCGGAGAUCACAUUUGCCCAUGAGAUCGGCCACAACUUUGGCUCACCUCAUGACUACCCACCAGAGUGCGUGCCAGGAGGAACGUUGGGCAACUACAUCAUGUAUGCCAGUGCUACCCAGGGUCACCAGCCCAACAAUCAGCGUUUCUCACCAUGCAGCAUACGCAACAUCUCCGCUGUGCUGUCAGCAAUAUUACGCGGAGAGCAGAAGGAGAACUGCUUCCAAGAGGACGAAGGCCCGUUCUGCGGCAACAAGAUUGUGGAAGGGGAUGAGGAGUGUGACUGUGGCUACGAGGAGCAGGAGUGCAUGGAGAACUGUUGCUACCCUCGUGAACACCAGGGCAAGGGCUGCACCCGAAAGCCCAGAGCCAUUUGCAGUCCCAGCCAAGGUCCUUGCUGCACCAACAAGUGCGAUUUCGAGAGGAAGGAGAAGCUGUGCAAGCUGGAGUCUGAUUGCACGGAGCUGUCAUAUUGCGAUGGGAAACAGGCGAGCUGUCCCAACCCGGUACACAAGCGCAACAAGACAGAGUGCAACAAUGGCACCCAGGUGUGCUGGAACGGGGAGUGCAGUGGCUCCAUCUGCGAGAAGUACGGCAUGGAGGAAUGCUCCCUCACAGACGACACCAACCCAUCACCUGAUAAGAUGUGCGAAGUGGCCUGCCAGGAGAAAGACAAGCCAGAGUCCUGCAAGAGCACAUAUGAGAUAGAGCGAAUGAAGGAGAUCCGAGGCAUCAAGCUCCGGCCGGGCUCACCCUGCAACAACUUCCAUGGUUACUGCGACGUCUUCCAGAAGUGCCGUAAUGUGGAUGCUGAAGGUCCACUGGCACGGCUCAAGCGACUCCUCUUUGACAAGCAGUCACUGCAUACGGUCAAGCAGUGGGUCACGCUGAACUGGUGGGCUGUCCUGCUGAUGAUGGUGGCCCUCAUAGUGGUGAUGGCAGUGUUCAUCCGCUGCUGCGCCGUGCAUACACCCAGCAGCAACCCGCGAAAGGCUCCUGCAUUGCGCAUCAGUGACACCUUGCGGAGGCCCGGUGACACCUUCCGCAGAAAGCGACGAGUGCCCGACCCUUCCUCAAUGCCUGGAGGUCCACCGCCCCCAUACCCCGGUGGUCCGCGACCAAGCGCGCCUCCAGCCGGCCCAUCCCACGGCUACGGACAUGGUCGGGGCCACUACAACAGCCGUGGGGUCCCUGUGCAUGGUGCAGCAUCAUCUUCUGGUUCCUCUCGGCACCACCAGGGGUCACGAGGAGCCGUGCCACCUGAAGCAGUCGAGCUGCGGCCAGCCGGCAAGCGGCACCUUUGACACCACCAGUGGGGACACUGCUGACUGCAGAGGAGACGGAAGGGCCUGCCUGCUGAUGCCUUCCUACCUGCCAAAAGACAGUGUGCCAGCAUGGCUGGCUGUGCCUCGCCCCGUUGCCAACACCACUGCGAGUGCUGCUGUUGCUUCCACACAGUGGAGUGAAAACCUGUUUGAGACUGCAGGGCCAUUUGUUUUGCCCUCAGUGAAUGCUUCCAGCACACCGUCGCCUCUUUUUAUGUGUCACUGGGAGGGAGAUGGCAGUUUAGGAGCACAUAAUUUGGUGUAGGGCUGAGGAAUUGCAGUGCCGGCUGCAACACUGUGGUCCCUCUCAGCACUGCAGAGUGAAAACACAGCUCAAAACUGAGCAGGGCUCAUUUUUGACUCUGGGAUGAGGGUUCAUGUUUGGUAGAGCAUGAUUCAGUGUGAAGUUGGGGAAUCUUGGUGAAGUUGGGGAAUCUUGGUGGGGCUGGCCUCAAGACGAUGGGGCCAUUGAUUACACUUGCACUCGGUGUGGCAAACAUAGCACUGCUUGUUUUGCAUCUCGGAGAUUUGAAUGCGAACAAACAAAAAUGGGCUUCAGGUUCAGGAAUCAAAGUGCCAUUGAAACCUGCAAUCCUAGAGUAAGAGUUACUGGUUGUAGAGGUGGUUGUUUCCCCAAAACUUUUUCACCUGGCGAUGCUGCCAGCACAAUGUGAAUUGCCAAAGCAGUUGUUCAAGGCAAGCAGUAAUAGACUUUGAAGUGUAGCAAGGAAAGAUAACAUUGGGCAGCAAAGUGAACAUAUGACGAAGCAUUCUAUGGAUCAAAUAUAGAAUUUGAAUCUCCCAUGGCACUGCACAUAAAGAAAAUGACAAAAUCUGCAUUGAGUACCAUGAACAGUAAGACCGAGCAUCACAUCUUCCCAUAAGAAACUGCACCUUUUGACAGGAUGGAAUAGUGUUCACUACUUGUGUUUAUCAGUGUGCUUUUUUCUAUUCUAUUAAGGCAUCAACAUUUUGAAAUUGUCGUUUUUUUUCUAUUGCGCAUCGAAUUCCUGCAACUUCUUUUGUAUUGAGACUACUAGCUUUUGCAUUUUGAGGUGUGUGUACUGCCUGCAGGUUUCUUUUUUUUUUUUUUUGACUGCCUUACCAAAUACCUAGUUGAUGAACAAAUACCAGUUUUCACUGCCUGAUACUUUGUAGUGCAAUGCGUGUAGCGAUUUUAACGCCUACAAAGAUGAAAGAAUAUAUAUAUAUAUAUAUGGCCCAGAGGAAUGUCUUUUAUUCCUGGGUGACUAACAAAGGAAUCUACCUGCUUUGUCUACAAUUUUUGCUCUGUCGAACGUCACUGGCAGUUGUGCUUUUCUGUGGGUGGUGGACAAUGGUGUACUUUAUUUUGCAAUUAUGCAUUGCUGUGAGCCCUGAGAAAUUGCACCAAAAGAAAUGCCAUCAGGCUCAAGAACAAAUCUUUAUUUUGUUUUAUCUUUUAGCAGGAAUAGUUCAAGUUUAUCAAAAUACUUUCCUUAACAGAAUUUAUGUAACCCUGGUUAUUCACUUGCUUGCGUAUCUGUUAAAGCUCACAUUUAAUUAACAUUACUCGGCAACAAGUCGGGUCAAAAUUGGUGGAGAGUAUUCAUGGAAGUACUAAUGACCCUAGUGGUCUCUGUGAUUCUGCCUGCAAUUAAAAAAAAGUCUAUAGAUUAGUAACUUGACAAAGGUCAGAUCGAACAUUUUGCUUUCAUUUUACCCAUGCUGCUUUGAAUUACAGGCAUGGCGGAAUCAAAUGGAUGCUCAGCUGCAAAAUACACGCAUAACGGCAAACUUUGUUUCAUUGAAUGUGUCACCUACAGAAGGAAAAAAAUUCUUGCAAGGACAAUUUGUUUACAAGAAUUAUAGUUUAUAUUGAUACUCUUCAUUAAUAUUGGAUGGCUGUAUCAGUAUAUUGUACACUUUGUGUUGAAUAUCUAGUUGAGCUUGACAUAGAGUAUUUUAAGCCUUGAAGAUUUAUUGUCGAGAGGUCACUGUUCUCACUUCACUCAUUUUUUUUUUCUUCUUUGAAUAGAACUAGAUGUUUAUUGAAACAUAAACUUAUUUCCUUACCUUCUGAGCACUGAGGGCAAGGCGAACUCGUCUUUAGAAUUGUUCACGGAAGCUGCCAAGGACAAGUUUGACUUCUCCUCAGAUUCCAUCACUAAUAUUUAAUUAAUGCCAACGACCAGGCACCCUCGUCAGUUGUAUCCUAAUAUCUCAGCGAGUUUGUUCUUUGAUUGCCAUGAGUUCGGCAGGAAAGCUUGAAGAAGAAUGGGUAUUGGUAUGUGUGUAGGAAGGCAUCGAUGGGGGCUUCAUACAUGGUUCUUGAGCUGUCAUUUUAAUGCCAGGAUGUGAAUCUAGUGCUCACAUUGCAUGCGGAUUCAAAAUCUGCAAUAAGUUUUCCACUCAGCUGUGGCAUAAUAUGUACUGUCAUUUUAUGGAUUUCACCAAAUCAUAACCAGCACUUAAAUAGUUAAGAUACCAUUUAGCUGCUGCUGGAAACUCUGAUUUAAAAAAAAAUUCUGUAUAGCCCAAAAUACUAGGCAUCUACAUGCAUGGUGUGUGCAUUUAAAUGCAUCUAUGCAUAUAAGUAUGGCAGCUUUCAGAUUAGUCUUGGAGUGGCGAAAAUUCAUGCAAAACUUUAGUGUAAGAUAAAUAUAUAGUAGAACCCCAUUGAUACGUUUUUCAAGGGACCGUGAAAAAAAAACAACUUAACAGCCGGGAAAAUGUAACUGUGAGAAAGGGCACAAUUCAGCACAACAACGUUGAAAACAGCUGUGAACGGCUGCCAGUACAGUUAUUAGAUGUCUUGGCAUUCAUACUGUGACCAGGGAUGGCACGUGUAUAAUUAGGGUACACCUACAAUGUUCCGUAACAACGGCCCGCUUUUACUAUUGAUAUGCUUCACUGCAUAACACAGCUCUAUAGCGGUGAAGCUGACUAGACAUCUUGCUGCCCCCAAAAUAAAUGUAGCUCUGCACUGGGUGGGUUUGGCCGAGUGUACAUAAUUCCCAGUAGGUUUUAACCGAUGCACACCCUUUCGUAGGCUUUGCUAACUUCUCUGUGCAUGUUUACUCCGUAUGCUUGUACGGCAUCAGCUUGUGCAACUUCGGUGACUUGUUGCAAUGUGCAAAGCAAACUUCCUUCUGCACCGCUAAAUUGAUGUGACCGUCACUUUCAAACUCAACGUAAGAUACAUGGCAGUCAAAGUGAUUUAGGUCGGGACCAUGAAAAUGCGAUGUAGCAGCUGGGAAAAUGUAACAGCCAGGAACGUAACAACGGGGUUCCACCGUAAAAAAAUGUUGGUAUCUAUUAAAUGAGACAAUUAAAAACUCUUUAUCUAGGAAAACUUCAGCCUGAAUCAUGAUGUGCAGAGAGUAUUCCCCGCUGCAAAUCUAUAAACUGGCUAAUGCUACAUAGACCAAGAGCAUAUCAGCGAGGCUCUAGCAUAUCAAAAUUAUCUAACAAUGUGGUUAAGAGAGAGCAUUCCUACAAGAUCUUUCUUCAGCUUUAAUGUUUUACAAAGAGUUUGAUCAUGUAAUGGUUAAAGGCUGGGCAUUAAGCUAACAGGCCUUUUGAGAAUGUACACACAUUACAAACUUCACAGGCUUUAAACUGCAUGUUUAACCAAAUUUUACCAAGAUAUUCACUGCCUGUUAACUUUUCCGGCUGCUUUUUUUUACCCCUUUUUCUGAAGUCUUGGUUAUUGUCCAUUCUUAACAUUAAUAAAUGUUCCAGUGUACAUGACUUGGUGGCUAGAGCAGAGGCCAAUAAGUGUUUAUUCCUCACAACUAAUGCUUCAUAAACCUCGCGAAAGCUGUUAGCCUGGGGCUAGCAAAAGGCAGCCAAUGUAAAGGUAAUCUAGUGCUUUCGGGAUAUGGAAACUAAAGAUACCUUGCUGUUUUAACGUCGUGCAGCGUUGCUAUGUGCCUGCGGGCUAUGUUCACUAACCUCACCCAGAAUACCUGAAGGUAUUCUUGAUUUCUAAACACCUUUUCUUGUUUAAAGAUUGCAGAAAUGCAUCAAAUGUUAUUUUUUUAUUGACAGUUAAUACAUUUUUUGCUGCUGACCAAUUCAAAGAACAAUUUGCUGUCGACAACUAAUAUAGUACCAGAUCGGCUUUAGUAGCUUACAGCAAGAUUUUUUUUAGCCCCUAACUGAAGGCCUUUUUCAAGAAACUUUAUUCAAUUUUCUGCGUACUUUGCUCAUUUUGCCUCUGUGUUGCUUUACUUUUUCUACUGUCCUUUGUAGUUUCUUUUUUUCACGUGAUUAUAUUGCCUUAUUAUUGUAAUGUCUUUUCAUGUGCCUUAAGAAAGGACACUAGUUAUGAUGUGUCGACUAGUUUGUUUGGUUAGCCAGUUUUAUUAGUCAAAUAUAGCAUCGUGGCGUCUGCCAGAGUAAAUAAGAUGUUCUCUUAAUAUUUUUUGCCGUAGUGUACUGUCUUCAUGUCACAUGAAUUUCAUCUAAUAAGCAAGAAAGCGCAGGAGCCUUGCUGCUAUUUGGUAAAACACAUAGAUUGACUAUAAGGAUCUUGUUAAUACGAAUUUCACCUUUGUGUGGUGCGCAUUUUUUCUCAAACAGCAUUGCAGCUAGGCUGCUGGCCUUUACAUUCUUCAGUGCUGUAGUCACUUUAUGAUUAUUUCUUGUUCAACUGACGAGGUGUGUAUGCUGGUUCUAAAGGUUUCAUUAUUCCAGAGGGUUAGCCCCAACACAUUUACGCCUUAUUUUGGCUAAAACCUGUUCAUGAAAUGGAGAGCGUGGAACUCUCACUGAUAGUAAUUUCAUUUUGAUUAUAUAUCAACAAGUGUUUCGAUCAUUGUUGCCUGUCUUUUCCGUAGAGAUGUCACUGCCUGUUUUUGGUGCGUGUUUCUUUCAUUAUUUUUUAAAACAUUUGGGGAAAAAAAGGUGCAGUUUAUGAAUGCUUGCAUUGGAGAUGGAUGCUGAGAAUAUGUUCACUGCUUAAAUCAGCUUGGGUAGAUUGAGCUUGGGCAGAACUGUUCAGUCUGAAUUCAGAUCGUGCACUUCAUGCUCACAGCCUGCUACAUCCAGUAAAGCUUCCUAACAGUUCUAGUUGCUGGUUCUGCUGGUUUUGAAUUGCUAAUAUUUAUGUUUAGUAAUUUAUGCCCUCCAUCUUUGUCUUCAUGUAUGCAACCUGGCUCAAGAUGAAUGCUUUGCAUACAAUGACCAGCUUUACCAGUAUUUCCAGCUUGAAGUUUACCUAAUUUAUUGUUUUAUAUUCUAGAUUUUAUGUGCUUAUAGAUUGCUACUUUUUGUCCUUAAAGCUAGUUGCACCUGCUGAAUAUGAAUAAUAACUGCAGGAUGUUAGAAACAUAAUGAAAAAAGUGAAAAGUGCUUGUGUAAUGCUUUUUUACUGUCACAUACUGUUGUUCAAAUUAUGUGAUAAACUUAAUAAUUUUUUAACCGGUUCGUUGUAGUGUGGCUCAUCAUUACUGUGUUCUUGUGUUCAGAUCUGCACGCAUGCGUGUCUGGCAUUCUUGGUUCUAUUUCUCACACACGGUUGUGUUCUUGUUCUAUUGUCAUGCAAGAAAUUGCUUGUGAAUUUCUUGAAGAAGCAAUGAGAAUCAAAUGGUAUGGCAACACAUAUUUUUUUGCUUUUUGAGCUUAUGCAACAGCGUUUAUGCAUAAUAACAAUUACUGUAAGUCUGUUCUUUUUUCCCUGCCCAAGCUAAACGUUUCAACUUUAUCCAAGUCAAAGGUACGCUAAAGCCAAGUUAAACUGGAUCAACAAAUUAAGCUUGGAAUACCAAAAACAUGAGUCUUGCUGCGAGUAGAGGCUUCGUAAGCCAGAAUGAGACUGGAAUUGACAGGUUAUGACAAUGCCUGAAAGUCCCUUCACCAACUCUCCCUGAUUUCAGCCACUUUGAGUGUACGCUUGGAACAAUUGUUCAUCUGUAAAGUAUGACAUCGCAUUCUAAAGGAAUUAAGAACACAAUCUACCAAAUUUUGAAAAUUCUGCUUGGAAACUGGCUCAGAUAAUAAGAAAAUACUUUAAAUCCUUGACAUUGAGCUUGAAAUUCAAGAUAGAUAUGCUUAACCUUCCUUUUCCUCACUAUUAAUCAACAUUUUUACACAUAAGUAAUGCAAGCAAAGUUUUGAAACAGCACUUUACCAGUCAAGCGGAUAAUUUGAAUAAUUCCUGAACAUCACCUGGUCAUUAAGCACAUGUUUCGUAUUGUAGUGGCUUUGGUGGAGUGAACUUGAGUACAAUUUGCAGUCGGCACAGCUACAGGCAAAACUGGGGUCCAAUCCCACAGUAGCAACAGCAGCAGCAGCAGGGAGGUAGAAAAGUAGUUGUACUAAGCAGAGCUCAGACAAGCUAGUCAGCAUACAUUAAAUGAGUCUUGUGUGAGGCUCUUGAGUAUAAUCUCUGCCACUUUAGAGCAUCCAUGUGAUGCUAGCAGUGCAGAGAAGGUCCUAGCAGUGUGAUAUGGACCAUGUAUGUAAACAAACCACACGAGACAGGCAUGCAUUUUCUGUCGUGGAGACUCGCACAUACAAUGAAACACCUCACACAUGUGAAGCCACAAGUGUCCUUUUAGAUGUUUUAAUGUAAUUCUCCCAUUUUCUUUUAACAUAACAUGUAUCUGGAUUGAAUGUACGGAUGUGCAUGAUGAGUGUGUCGUCAACCUCCUGGAAAGUUUAAUGGCAUCUGAGAGGUGACGAUGCUUGUUGAAACAGUCUGUCAGACUGCACUUUCAGCUGCCAAUGAUCGUAACAGUAAGUAGUCGCUGUUUCCGUGGCAUUUGCCAUUUUCAGGAAAGCUUCAGUUAGUUUCACAUGCGCAGUAUGCAUUUCAAAUGCUGCUUUUAAUACAGUUUCAUCAGUUUAACGUGGGUUAGCCAUACGUAUGUCACUGCCGUUUCUCUAAAGUUUCCAAAUUGCGGCUAUUUCUAAUGCAAACACUGCAUUCUUGUGUACAUCAAGAUUGCAGAGAAAUGCCUUGGAAUCAUUUUGAAAUCUUACGUUGUACAGUAUCUUUUUGUGCACCUUUCAACCACGAACAAAAGCACCUUUGUACGAGGUCUCCAAUCCAGUGAUGAGCCAAUACCUACCUAAUAGUAUCUUGUGUAGUUCAUGUCAUGGUCUCAGUGCUCUGAAACUUGUAAAGGUAUAGGUGUCUCACAGUGCCGUUGGUUCUGCUGUGCUGCAAUGAGAGAGUAUUACGACUUCAUCUGACCUUGCAUAGCUCUGCAGUGUCUGUUUCUAGUGUUCUGGCUCUGACACAAGGCCACUGAAGUGUGCAAUUUACAUGGCUGUAGUAUAUAAAUGUCUGGGCAGCUCGGGUGUGAUGAAAUCGCAAUCCUGUCUCACUACUAUAUUCAGAGCUGCACACAGCGCCAACACACUCGUCAAUGAGUUAUACCUGUGGCCAGAAAUAACUUCCUGUGCACCAAGUAAAUUAAUUAUCAGCAACUGUUUAAACUGAUGGCACCCUCUGCACGUCUGCAUUUGCAGAACACAGGUUUUUGUCAUCCUUACAAUGUCUGCAGUAUUUGGAUGAAUUGCAGUGCAGCACUUCAGAAAACAACCAGGCACCAAGCUUCUCGCACUGUCAGCAUACUUAGUGGUUCUGCUUAUCCAGGCAGGUGAAAAAGUGUUUUAUUGCCAGUGAGUGUGCUGUUUUUGCAAGUUGUGCUAUUCCACCCAUUCUGCUGACCAUGGAAAGGAACUGAAAUGAAAACGCAUUGCCAACAACGCUUUGGAGUUAGAGCUGCUCCUAUUACGCAGUGCACUGAUGUAGUUUGAAUGGUGCUUCUGGGCUAUGUAUUAUCUGGUCAUGCCUUUUCGCCUCUUACCCCCAUUAUACACUUAUGCACCUAGGCUUCAACAUCUUCCUUGACUCCACUGAGUGAAGGGCAGCACUACUCAUUGACUGAAGUAUCCACUACUCUCUUGUAGUACCAUGACAAAUCCUGAGCUAUAGUUUUCUAACUGGGUACUUUCGCUGACUACUUAGACACUUAAAUAGAAAGGAGUGUCUCAAGCAACUGUUUGUUGCUGAAAGUGCCAAGGAACUGAGGAACAUUGUUCUAGCAUGUGGGCAAACCUCAUUCAACAGGCUAUACUGCCUUUUUCUCAGUAGAGUCAAGUAGUGGACUUAGCGGCCAAGCUGCGUUUGGGAGCACAGGGGUUGAUCAUGGGACCUCGAUAGCGAAUAGCAAAGCAUGAUUGCUCAGAUUGAUUUUUUUUCUUUCUUGCCAUUAAGCAGCAUUUGUGCCAGGAGUGUGUGAGAUGGCUUGGUGCAUUUGUUUCUGCUUGGUCUGAAUAAUAUAGCUGUGGGAACACAACCAUCUUGGAGGGCUGUGCUUCCUGCCUGCUGUUUGUCAACUGCACAGUGUUUGCAAGCAAUUCUGAAGCGUUCAUGCAUGUCUGCAUUCGUAGAAUCUGCGCUGCUCUUUUUCGCAUUGUACAAAGGCGACACACUGUUCUUUUCGAGUGUCAGAAACCUGUAAAUACAUGUGUGUGCGUGCAUGUUCCUGUUGAGAAAUGAAGUGUUCUGGAGUGGUGGCAAUUUUUUUUUCUUUGUCUCUGUACCAUGUAUGUAAAUGUUAUGCUUCAAGUUGUGUGUGAGUGGUACUAUACAUAUUAUACAUAAAGAUAUAUAUAUAUACAUAAAAUAUACAUAGCUUUUUCUGUGUUGCAACACAGGAAACAAGUGUGUUUGUUUGCUGAUGUACUUGUUUGGACCUUCCACUUUUGUUUCUGUGUCCUUUGUUCACUGUUAUUUGCAGAUUAUGAGAAAGGAAGAAGUUUUUGAUGAUGAUAAUAGGGAGAUGUUUCUAAUAAAACACUUCAGCAAAAUA